AUGUCCGCUAUUCACUCUUCAGCGACUUCCUCUGCGAAGUCGCUCAUUCAAACCCCUGUAGCGGGUCGGUACCCUCACCACGACCAGUGCUCGCGUCGCCCUUGCGUGAUAACGUCAACCACCGCAGCAGCAUUGCCUCGCGGCUCGCCCGUGCGAGUGCAAUACCCUCGCCGGUCCGCCUUUCUCCGCGUCCACGGUUCUGGAAGGUCCUUUCACGGCCUCCGCAGCCUACAUGGCAUCGGAAGCAGCCCUCGAGGAGGAGCGACAUGCAGGAAUCGCAACUCGUCGCUGCGGCUCCGAGCCGUUUCUCCUCGUGCCGGCCCGUAUGACUCUGACCCUCAGCCAUCGCCGUCGCCGCGGCCGUCGUCGCCAUCAUCAUCAUCCGAGGAACCUUAUGGCGAGGAUGUUCUCCCCGCCGCAGCAGAUGUUACUGGCUCGACCGCGGGAGAUUCAGCGGGAUUUUCCGGAGAUGAGGCUGACUUUUCAGACGGUUACGGAGCUUCCAACGCUGGUUAUAACAGCGGAAACAGCAGCUACAGCGGUUCCAGCUACGCUGGUUAUAACACUUCCUUCUACUCCAGGAGCUCCUCUACAAUCGGCAGUUCGUCAUCCGGUUAUCGUGGCACCAGCGCGUUCAACGGCGGGUCAAGCUCCGGGAGUGACGGCGAAGCGAAUUUGUCGGAUAGCGACAGCCUGUUGGAAAGCAGCGCGGAGCUGGGCGAGUAUCGGAAGCGCUUAACGGAUAUAUUGCUCGCGACGGACGUGGGGAGCUGGCAGGAGCGCAUCGCGCUCCUGCGCAAGGGCAUCCACAGUUCCCAAGGCCCCGCGCUGUCGGAGCUGGCGUUCCGCCGAUCGCGCUUUCACCGCACGCCCGCGCCUACGCCUGCGCCGCCGUCGCAAGCAGACGCAUCCGGUUCUAUUACCGCGGACUAUCGUUCCGCGGACUACCCUUCCGCGGACUUCAGCUCCCCGCUAGCUGCGGGGACGUGGGGGGAGUCGGCGGACGAGGGGGACGGGGAGGAGGAGUGGCAAAGCUUGGCGGGGCUGAGCGGCGGCGAGUCUGCUUAUGGCGCGUACGGCUCGUGGAGUGGAUCUAGCGCGGCGGAGGAUACGGAAGGCGGGGUGGUGACGGACGGGGAAGGGGAGGGGGAGAGGAGGGAGGAGGUGCUGGGGAUGCAAUGGUCGACGGUGUGUGAGGGGGUGGUGGUGGGUACGAGCCCUGCCACUGCUGCUGACGUGGAUGUGAUCAAGCGGAACAUUGGCGCGGAUGCCAUGCUGUGCCUUGAGACGGACGAUUGCAGGGACGCCUUGGGGCUGGCGUGGAGUGAGGUGAAGGACAUGGCGCAGCGGGCGGGCAUUGUCGCGCUCAGAGUGCCCAUGCGCCCUAUGGACUCCGCCAACCAGGUGCGCCAGGGGCUCCGCAAAACAGGUUGGCGCUCCCCCCUGCGCUUCUCCCCCCUGCCCUUCACCCCCUGCCGUUCUCCACCUGCCCUUCUCCCCCUGCCCUUCUCCCCCUGCCCUUCUCCCCCUGCCCUUCUCCCCCUGCCCUUCUCCCCCUGCCCUUCUCCCCCUGCCCUAUUCCCCCUGCCCUAUUCCCCCUGCCCUUCUCCCCCUGCCCUUCUCCCCCUACCCGUCUCCCCUGCCCUUCUCCCUUGCUCUCUCCGCGUACCUGUCCCCGGCCGCCCGGCCCUCUCUCCCGCACAGGGCGCGCUUCUCCCCGAGGCCAUCCGCGUGCUGUCAGCGCUGCUGCACGCGGGGCAGAACCCCCCGCAGCCGCAGGCGCAGCAGCAGGCGCAGAGGGAGGAGGGCGGCGGUGGUGAGGGGAUUGCAGGAGGAUACAGGUCCGAGGCUGAGAGGGAGGGCGGAGAGGGUGUAGGAGUGUGGGACGAGGAGAGUGGAUGGGCGAGCAGUGAAGGAGGAUGGGUGGCGCCAGGGGCAUCAGCAGCAGCAGCAGCAGCAUCAGCAUCAGCAGCGGCAGCAGCGGUGUCAUCUCCCCAGCGCACUGUGUUUGUGUGCUGCACGUCGGGAUGCCAUCGCAGCCCUCUGGUGGCCCUCGGCUUCCUCACAUUCGUGCGGGGCAUGGAGUACCGUGAUGCCAAGACGCUGCUCAUCCACUCCUGCCCAGAGGCCGUGCCCUCCUUCCAGGCCUGGGACGAUGCGAGCAGCAAGCUAGCAGCGGUGGACAUGAAGGGGCUGACCAUGCGAGCGGAAGACAUCAAGGCACGCCGCGUGCAGCAGGGCCUCCCGGGCGAGUCCGUCGACGACUGGCUGGCGGCACAGCGGUCGCUAGUGGCGGAUCACUUUCAGCAGCAGCUGCACAACGACCUCGUUAUUGCCAACUCCCUCUACAAGGACGUGGUAGCCCCUGAGGACCCGCCAGCAGCGGCAGAGAGCCGAGCGCAGGGAGCUGCAGCCUCAGCCGCGGCAGCCUUGGAGGCUGAAACAGCAGGUGCAUGGGCAGGCGCAGGCGCGGCGGCAGGGGUAGGUGCGGCAGCUGUAGCGGCAGCAGCAGCGAUGGUCGGUGAUCCUGCAGUGGCUGAGGCUGGGGCAGCCGGCGGAGACAUGCUGGGAGAGCAGGAUGAUUUUGCUGCUGCUGCCGCUGCUGCCGCUGGUGCUGAUUCUGAUGGGACGUUGGGCGGUGGGAUUUUUGCGGAGGAUGUGGGCUUGGAAGGGGAUUGGAGUGAGGUAGAGGGAGAGGGGGAGGGAGAGGGAGAGGGAGAGGUUGUGGAGGGUGGAGAGGAGGUGGAGGAGGAGCGAGAGGGAGGGGAAGAGGAGGAGUGGCAUGCCACGGCGGAGUGGCUGGGAUCGACGGGCGAGUGGGAGGAUUCGGAAGAGUCGGAGGCUGAGGGCGGUGUGGGAGGAGGAGUUGUGGGUGAGAGUGAGCGUUUGGAAGCACAGAGGGAGCUGGAUGAUGGUGAUUUGACGGCGGCUGCGGCUGCGGCCGAUGCUGGUGUUGCUGCUGCGGCGGCGGCGGCGGCUGUGGGUGCGGCUGGAGAGCUGGGAGGAGGAGUUGAAAGUGGGGAGUGGUUGGGGAAGAGGGGUGAUGCAGGGGUUGAGAGCGGUAGUGACGGCGAAUGGGGUGGUGCGGGUGGUGGUGGUUUUGUGGGGGCGGCAUGGGGGGAUGAGUACGAGCAGCAGUACCAGGAGUGGCGUAAGGAGGAGGAGGCGCGGGAGAGUGAGAAUGAGAAUGCAAGGUGGGAUGCUAACGAGGGAGAGAGAGGGGAAUGGGAAGAGGGUGGGGAGAACAGGGAGGGGGUGUUUGGGGAAGGUGGUUAUGAUGAUGUGGAAGCGAGGGUUGGAGAGAGGCUGCUGGAGAUAGUGGGUGGGGUGGGGGAGGGUGUGGGGGAGGGUGUGGGGUUGGUGGGAGGAGGCGCUGGAGACUGGGCUGAUCCGGAAGUGAUAGAGGAGGAGGAGGAGGGAGUGUUUGUCACUGCUGAACAAGAGAGGGACCUGAACGAGGAAGAAGAAGGGGAGUGGGACGAGAGGGAGGAGGGGGAGAAUGGGGAGGAGGAAAUGGAGGAGGGGGUGGAGGAGGGGGUGGAGGAGGAGGAGUGGCAGGGGAGUGAGGAGGUGGAGAACGGGGAGGUGCUUGGGUUGAGGGAGGCGCUGGCAGCCAUGCAGGAGGAGCUCCGACAGGCCGUGGGCUUGCAGGCACAGGCGCAGCAAGAGAGGCAGCAGCUGCAGCAGCGGUUCCGCACGCGGGAGGAGGAGCUGCAGCAGCAGCUGCAGGGCAUGCAGCAGCAGCUGGAGUCGGCACGCGUGACAAUCGUGGAAGAAGCAGCAGCAGCCGCACUGCUGGCAGAAGCAGCAGAGGCUGCUGCGAGUGCAGCUCUGGCUGAAGCGGCUGAAGUGGCUGCGUAUGCGGAAGCCGCGGGGGCUGCAAUGAUGAGGGAGGAAGGGGAGGGAGGGGAGGAGCAGAGUGGGGAGGAGGAGGAGGGUGCUUUGGGAGUUGCGGAGGAGGUGGAGGCUGAGGCUAGUGCUGCUGUUUCUGCUCCCGCUCCCGCUGGUGCUGCUGCUGGUGCAGAUGUUGAUGUUGGCGAUGCUCAGGGAGCGAGGGACAGGCUUAUGGCAGACAUGGCCCAAGCUGGUCUUGCUGCAGGAGCAGCAGCAGCGGCGACUGCAGCAGUUGCAGCUGUGACUGGCGGAGCACUGGGAACAGCUGAGCAGCAGAAGCAGCAGCAGAAGCAGCAGGCAGCGAUUGUGGAGCAGCAAGAGUCAGAGCAGCAGCAGGAUGAUGAGAGCCGGGAGGGCAAGGAGAAGGAGCGUGAGGAAGCGCUUCUCCUCGCCCGCAGCAGAGCCGACUUCCUCCUCCGCCGCCUCGAUAUUGUCACUCAGCGCGAGGCCUCGGCUCGUGACAGCCUGGCCGCCGCCCGCCGCCAGCUGGAAGCCACUUCUGAGCUGGCAGGGUCUCUGCGGGCGGCGCAGGCGGAAGCGGCGGCGGCCAGGGAGGAAGCGGCAGCAGCCAAGGCGGAGGCGGCAGGUGCGGUUAGAAGGGAGCAGUUGCUGCAGGCGGAUGUGGCAGCAGCGCGAGCUCGAGCAGCGGCAGCAGAGGCGGAGGUGAGGGCGAGGGUUGAGGAGCAGGUGCAGAUGGAGAGGAUGAUUCGUGCUGCCGAGGAAACAGCAGCAGCGGCGGAGGGGAGGUUGCGAGCGGGGCUGGAGGCUGGAGAGGCGAGGGUGAAGGCUGCUCAGGUUACUGCUGCGGGCGCGAGGAGGAGGGAGGAGCAGGCGAGGGUGGCAGUGGAGGUGGCAGAGAGGAGGGUGGCGGCUCUUGAGAGGGAGAUGCUGGUGCUGAAGACACGGCUGCAGGGCAUGGGGGCUGCGGAGGGCGCCGAGGGUGGAGAGGGUGGGGAGGUUGGGGUGGUUGGGGAAUCGGGAGUGGGUGCAGCGUCAGUGACUGAAGGGGGUGAAGCAGUGGCAGAGGAAACAGCAGCUCUGGCUGAAAAGGGUUUGGGGGAUGAUUUGUCUGCAGUCCCGGCAGGGUCUGAGAUUAGCAGCAGCAG